AUGGAGAAAGGAAAGGAGCAUGCAUCUCCUAUACCACCGACGACCACAGUUGCUUCCUCAAAUCCACCAACCCAGAUGAUACCAAGACCAUUCAAUCUACUCGGGUCAACACCUCCUCCUGCUAUUCCAUCAACCAAUCUACCAAAACAGGUGAUACCAAUUUCGCCCUUUGUGAUGGAUGUCUCAAACUAUAUGCAUGGGCACCAUCCACCAUUGGGGUAUUCGUGGUUACCACCACCCUUUCAGGAUCGUCCUGAUACCAACCCAUCUACAUGGACUAGUCAGGGAAACCCGCGACCCCCAAGAUAUUCAUCACUUAGCCCUCCGAUUGAGUUACACUCAGCAAGUUCAAGUAAUGUUGAUGAAAUUGAAGAUGCCAUGCCUGCCUCUACGACCCAUGGUAUUGAGUCCGUGCAUAUCGAGGGGGCUGAUACUGUGCAUAUCGAGGGGGCCGAUACUGUUCAUACCGACCGGGCCACAACCGUGCAUACCGAGGGGACUGAUAUCGUUGAAGAGCCGAAAUUGGAUAUGGUGUUUAAUUCUGAGGAGGAGUUACUUGGUUAUUAUAAAAGAUAUGGGCAACAGUGCGGUUUCGGGGUAAUGACACAAAGGAGUCAUAGACUUGAGGAUGGGAGCCUUAGAUAUGUGACAUUGGGUUGUGCCCGUGGUGGGAAGGCUCGGAAUCGUACGUCAAAUGUCAUUAGGCCACGUCCGACUUCAAAAACUGACUGUAAGGCCAGGAUAAAUGCUACGUUAGAAAAAGGGGUGUUGAAGGUGUCGAGUGUGUACAAUCACCAUAAUCACGGCUUAAGUCCCCAAAAGUCGAGAUUCUUUCGCUGCAAUAGAGAAUUGAGCGAAUCUGUUAAAAGAGUGUUAGAUAUAAAUGAUCAGGCUGGGAUUAGAAUGAACAAGAGUUUCGCCUCUCUUGUUCAAGAAGCGGGUGGGUUUGAAAACUUGCCAUUUAAUGAAAAAGAUUGUUGGAAUUAUAUAGACAAGGCACGGCAUCUUCGACUUGGCAAAGGAGGUGCUGGAGCCCUCCGUGAGUAUUUUGCCAGGAUGCAAUAUAGAAAUGAUGGAUUCUUUUCAUUAAUGGAUAUUGACGAUGAUGGACGAUUGAAGAAUGUAUUUUGGGCGGAUGCACGAAGUAGGGGAGCCUACAAAUAUUUUGGUGAUGUCGUCACGUUCGACACGACGUAUUUGACAAACAGAUAUGGGAUGCCGUUUGCACCGUUUGUUGGUGUCAACCAUCAUGGCCAGUCAAUUCUGUUGGGGGCAGGUUUAAUAUCUAGUGAGGAUACUGAAACGUUUACUUGGUUAUUUCAGACUUGGUUGAACUGUAUGGAUGGUAAAGCUCCAAAGGCUAUUAUCACGGAUCAAGACAGAGCCAUGAAAAAUGCAAUUGCGCUGGUCUUUCCAAAUUGCCGACACCGGUUCUGCUUAUGGCACAUAUUGAAAAAAUUACCUGAGAAGCUAGGUGCACAUGGUGCAUACAAAUCUGGGUUGAAAUCUGAGUUGCUCAACUGUGUGUAUGACUCUCAAACAAUACUUGACUUUGAGAGUUCUUGGGAUGUGUUAAUUUCCAAGUACAACUUGCAAGAGAAUGUUUGGUUGCAGAGCUUAUAUGCUGAGCGUAUGUGUUGGGCUCCAGUAUUCAUGAAAGAUGUUUUCUAG